GAAUCUCAAUCUCAACAAUUUGACGAAGAAACAAAUUUUGACGAAUAUGAACAACACGAAAAACAAUUUUUCCUACUUUUCCAAUCUCGGACCGGCUGUGGAGCCAUCCGCCACGACAAUUCCCUCGACGACCACGGAAAAGACGCCGCGCAUUUUAUCCGCACAAAAAAGCCAAAAAAAUCCCCUCACCAAAGCGAGUCUUUUCACGCACAAUCUGCUGCAAGAGAGUGCCUUCAAUAACGCCACGUCGCCCAUCAAAUAUCAAUCUUUGCAAUCGGACGACUUGAGUCCGAAUCACACCUCCAAAGUGUCGCUCACCAAUCAAACGUCGCCAAAUGCCACCAAUUCCUCGUCAUUUUUCAACACUUAUUUUACAAAUCCGCGAAAAAGUUUGGUCACGAAUCCCCUGUCGAUCGAUGCGACGAAGAUGAACACGAAAAAUAGUCCGAUUGUGGAAAAUUUGAAGCUCACGACGACAACGCCGAGCACGAAAUCGAGUUUGAUGCGACGUGAACGCGGAUUGCCGAUGAGUUUGUCGACGACACUUGAGGUUGGAGGCAAAGAUGCGGACUAUCGAUUGUUGCAACCGCCUCCGUGGUUGUCAAAUACGCACUCGAAACACUCAUCCAAUGAGAAAGUGGGGCACUUGAGCACCAAUAAACGCAUGACAGACUGGAAAACGAUGCACAAUGAACUGAACAGACUCUCGAUCACGGAUACGGACAAUAUUUUGUUGCCGACGUGUCCUGGAGCAUCCCUCAGUCCCAAAACUGGCAAUCGGAAGAAAUUGACGCCGAUGAUCAACUCACCGGAAUUUCAUUCGUCGACAUCUUUAAACACCACAUCUAACGGUUCAAAUUAGUGGCUUUGACGGUCUUUAACUACUACUA